AUGUUCUUCGAAACAAAUCGACAGACUUCCUACCCUCCUCCUACUACCACUUACGACUUCACAUCAGAGAAAUCGAGAGUGAUGUCUACAGAUUUCGCAAUGCCGGUUCAACAAUUCACGGCUUCCCCCUCUCAAUAUACUCUCUACAACAGUCAACAAAUCUCUCCGACAAAUACCACUCCGCCAACUCCAAACAAUGCUUCUCCCACUUCACCAAGAAAUGGACUUCCAAAUUAUCUACCAGCGCACACUAGACAGUUGCGACCACCCAAGUCACCAUUGUAUGUGCCAGCGGUUUUGAGACCAACAGAUCCGCCCAGGAGAAUGAUGAAGCCAUCACCACUUACCCCACCACAAAGUAUGCAUAGCAGCUUUGAUGACUUGGAGAGCGCAACAACGUUGACUAGAAGAUCGACUGGAGAUAGCGGAAAAUUCGGAUUGGGCGCAAUAACUGAAUCUGAAUGGAGUGUCGAGGGCCUUGGAAAGGUAACCGCAUUGCCAACAAAAAAUCACUGGAAGCCUGAUGCCGAAUCCUCUAUCUGCGAUGAAACUACUUGCACAAAAUACUUCACCUACUUUACAAGGCGGCAUCACUGUCGGCGCUGUGGAAACAUUUUCUGCGAUCAACACUCUGGUUAUUCAAUUCCUCUUGAUCAAGACGCCAACUACCACCCAAAGGGCACUCAAAGUCGCUCCUGCGAACACUGCUGGCAUGAGUAUAGAAGCUGGUCUAUUGCACGAUCCAGUCGAUCCAACAGCGAAAGCUCUCAAGACGAACCCAGAACUCCCACCACUCCAGUCGUUAAUUGUGCCAGAGGUAGAGUUGUCGACAACCUCAUCGGCCAACAAUUGAAAGGUCCACCCGAGAGUCUUCCAGCAAGUGUCCCAAGAGAUUGGCACUGGAGCACCUUUUAG